UCGCCCCACCCCGGCCCCGGGGCUGCCCGGCCGCCCCCUACCUACCACCGCGGGCCUUCUCCUCCUCCUCCUCCUCCUCCUCCUCCUCCGGGGCCAGCCCCCUCCGCAGGCCGGGAAGCCGGCCGUGCUGCUGCUGCCGCCCUAAACCCUGAGCAUCGUGGAGGAGCUCGCACCCCGAGAUCUGAUCCAGAGAAUCCCGAAACCCAAGCGUGGGACCCUGAUCUAAGACCAGCACCCGGCGAGGCGAUCCGGCUGUGGAAGCCACAAGACCUGGACCUUGAACCUCUGUAUCUGGGGCUGGAAUUCUCACAUCUGUCCCUGGGACUCCAAGAUUUGAAAACUGAAUCCUAUGAUUUUGGAGCAUGGACCCUCCCCGCCCCCUCCCCGCCAAGAUUUGGUAUCUAAGCCCCCAGAUUUGGAGCUGAACUGAAUUGUGUGGCUAAAUGCUUGAAAUCUGGGAGUAGGUUUCCAGAUCUGUACCCUGAACCUCACUGUUGGGAAACUGAACCCUGGGAUUCAGGCCUUCAGUUUCCAAGGUCUGAUCCAUGGGAUUGCAAGGGGCUUGAACCUGACUUUGGGCCUGAAGUCCUUGCUACAGAUUUGAACGUUGAGAUCUGGAGCCAGAGACCUCCAAAUCUUGACUCAGCACCCUAGUAUCUGAAUAUAGGAGCCCAAUAUUCCAGGACUGGACUUUGGACUCAGACCCUAAACCUCCCCGUUGCCCUGUUUAGCACCUCCAGGACUGGAGUGGGAAGAGCCUAGCUCUAAACAACCCCUGGGGCCUGGGGUUCUAAAACUGGACCCUAGGGACCUAAUAUAUGGUGGUCUGUGCCCCCAGUGUGGAUAUUCUGUGGCCACAGAUUUGACUGAAGACACAGCAGUCCCUCCACAGACGCCUUGGGGACAGAGAAGACAUGACCAGACAGCCUCUUCAGAGUCCUGACCUCUAACCUUCCUGCCCCCCCUGGAGCCUGAAGACUCUGCUCCCUUGGGGUGGCUUCCAGCUCAGGCCAACCCUGCCCGCAAUGGCCGUCCUCCCAUUACUCCUUUGCCUGCUACCGCUGGCCCCAGCCUCGUCGCCACCCCAGCCAGCCUCAUCUAGCCCGUGCCCUCGCCGCUGCCGCUGCCAGACCCAGUCACUGCCCCUAAGUGUGCUGUGUCCAGGGGCAGGCCUCCUGUUUGUGCCCCCCUCCCUGGAUCGCCGUGCAGCUGAGCUGCGCCUGGCAGACAACUUCAUCGCGGCUGUGCGUCGCCGUGACCUGGCCAACAUGACAGGUCUGCUGCAUCUGAGCCUGUCGCGCAACACCAUCCGCCAUGUGGCAGCUGGAGCCUUCGCUGAUCUGCGUGCCCUGCGUGCCCUGCACCUAGAUGGUAACCGGCUGACCUCGCUGGGCGAGGGUCAGCUGCGUGGCCUGGUCAACUUGCGCCAUCUCAUCCUGAGCAACAACCAGCUGGCAGCCCUGGCAGCCGGUGCCCUUGACGACUGCGCUGAGACCCUGGAGGACCUCGACCUCUCCUACAACAACCUUGAGCAGCUGCCCUGGGAGGCUUUGGGUCGUCUGGGCAAUGUCAACACAUUGGGUCUUGACCACAAUUUGCUGGCUUCAGUGCCUGCCGGAGCCUUUUCCCGCUUGCACAAACUGGCACGGCUGGACAUGACCUCCAACCGUCUGACCACCAUUCCGCCUGACCCGCUCUUCUCCCGCCUGCCUCUGCUUGCGCGGCCCAGGGGUUCGCCCGCCUCUGCCCUGGUGCUGGCCUUCGGGGGCAACCCCCUGCAUUGCAACUGCGAGCUGGUGUGGCUGCGACGCCUGGCUCGAGAGGAUGACCUCGAGGCCUGUGCCUCACCGCCCGCGCUGGGGGGCCGCUACUUCUGGGCUGUGGGUGAGGAGGAGUUUGUGUGUGAGCCGCCAGUGGUGACCCACCGAUCACCACCUCUAGCAGUGCCUGCUGGUCGGCCAGCUGCUCUGCGCUGCCGGGCAGUAGGGGACCCAGAGCCCCGAGUUCGUUGGGUGUCACCCCAGGGCCGGCUACUGGGCAACUCGAGCCGCGCUCGUGCCUUCCCUAAUGGAACUCUGGAACUGCUGGUCACUGAGCCGGGCGAUGGGGGCAUCUUCACCUGCAUUGCAGCCAAUGCGGCCGGUGAGGCCACAGCUGCUGUUGAGCUGACCGUGGGUCCUCCUCCACCCCCGCAGCUAGCCAAUAGUACCAGCUGUGACCCCCCGCGGGACGGGGAUCCUGAUGCCCUCACCCCACCCUCGGCUGCCUCGGCCUCCGCCAAGGUGGCUGACACCGUGGCCCCUACUGACCGUGGGGUCCAGGUGACUGAGCAUGGGGCCACAGCUGCUCUCGUCCAGUGGCCAGAUCAGCGACCUAUCCCAGGCAUCCGCAUGUACCAGAUCCAGUACAACAGCUCAGCCGAUGACAUCCUCGUCUACAGGAUGAUCCCUGCCGACAGCCGUUCCUUCCUGCUGACCGAUCUGGUGUCAGGCCGGACCUACGAUCUGUGCGUGCUCGCGGUCUAUGAGGAUAGCGCCACUGGGCUGACGGCCACACGGCCAGUGGGCUGCUCACGCUUCUCCACGGAGCCUGCACUGCGGCCGUGCUCUGCACCCCAUGCCCCGUUCCUGGGGGGGACCAUGAUCAUCGCACUUGGAGGCGUCAUCGUGGCCUCUGUACUGGUUUUCAUCUUCGUGCUGCUUCUGCGCUACAAAGUGCAUGGAGGCCAGCCACCUGGCAAGGCCAAGGCCACCGCCCCCGUCAGCAGUGUUUGCUCCCAGACCAAUGGCGCCCUGGGCCCCACGCCCACUGCCCCUGAGCCCUCAGCACCCAGGGCCCACACCGUGGUCCAGCUGGACUGUGAGCCUUGGGGGCCCAGCCAUGAACCUGCAGGACCCUAGCUGGGCACUCACCUCUACAGCUCCCUCUGGCAGCAGGAUCUGGACACCCGGCAGGACCUGGCCUCAGACUCACCAAAUUGCUCACGGUUUUUAAAACACUGAUGGGGAGGGUGUCAGGGGCACUUGGGGCACAACAAGAAAAGUCCUAUUUUUCUAA